AUGAACCCCCUUGACCUGACGGGUCCUGCAGAUGCCCCGGUGUGCGAGGAGAGCGACGGGGAGGCCGACGUGUACGCCGCCGGCGUCGGUCAGUACAUCAACGUGACCUGUAGAGUGGUAGCCUCUCCCUCCUCCCUCAAGUACUCGUGGGUGUUCAACAACUCCGUCACCUCCGAGAGACUUCCCGGCAACCUGGUCUUCACUACUCCAGACGGACGAAGCGUCGUGCAGUUCAUGGCCAAAGCCCAUCAAGACUACGGCACCCUGCAGUGCUGGGCUCAGAACAGUGUAGGGAGGAUGACGCAGCCUUGCUUGUUCCACGUCAUUCCUGCAGGUCGUCCUGAACGGCCGGUGGCGUGUGCGGUUGUGAACAAGACCUACGACUCCCUGGAAGUCGGGUGCAGACCGGGCUUUGACGGCGGCCUUCCACAGACAUUUACUGCUAAGGUGUUUGAGGCGGUGACGGGACAGGGGCAGGCGAAGGUGACCUCGAACUCGGCCAACUUCACCCUGGAAGGCCUCACUCCAGGCCUCGACUACGUGAUACACGUGGUGGCCACCAAUUCCCUGGGCGACUCCGAGCCCGUCACCCUCGAGGCCUUCACCUACAAGAUGGCUGAGAACAGGAUGAGAGACGAGAAAGUGGAGGAGGCAAUACCGGAGGCUGGUCCAGAGCAAGGUGUAGUGAUGGGGCACUAUGUGGUGGUGGCCACGGUGGCGGCGGUGGUGGGGCUGGUGGUGAUGGUGGUGACGGUCCGCUGCCUCCUGGUCAGAAGGCAUCAACACCAACACCACCCCAGCAACAGCAGCAGCAGCAGCAGCAGCACCAACAGCAGGAACACCAAAGGGCUCGUAGUGCCUGAGCUGCCUCGGGGGUCACUCUCAGGUGAGGAGUUACGGCCCAUGUUAGGGUUCAUGUUAGGGGUCGUGUUAGGGGCAGAGUUAGGGGCCGUGUUAAGGGCAGAGUUAGGGACCGUGUUAGAGGCCGUGUUAGGGACCGUGUUAGAGGCCGUGUUAGGGUCCGUGUUACGGGCCGUGUUAGGGGCCGUGUUAUGGGCUGUUAGGGGCCGUGUUAGGAGACGUGUUAGGGGACGUGUUAGGGGCAGAGUUAGGGGCCGUGUUAAGGGCAGAGUUAGGGGUCGUAUUAGAGGCCGUGUUAGGGGCCGUGUUAGGGGCCGUGUUAUGGGUUGUGUUAGGGGCUAUGUUAGUGGCUGUGUUAGGAGCCGUGUUAGGGGACGUGUUAGAAGCCGUGUUAGGGGCAGUGUUAUGGGCCGUGUUAGGGGACCGUGUAAGGGUCCGUGUUAGGGGCCGUGUUUGACGCUGUGUUAGGGGCCGUGUUAGGGGCCGUGUUAGAGGCUGUAUUAAACCCCGUGUAAGGGUCCAUAUUAGGGGCCGUGUUUGACGCUGUGUUAGGGGCCGUGUUAGGCGCCAUGUUAGGGGCUGUGUUAGGGGCUGUGUUAGGAGCCGUGU